AUGGAUUCGAACGGGCAGAACGCCGCUAGCGCCCCGCAGACGCAACAGACGCCGCCGCUGCCGCUGGUGCCGGAGCCGAAGAAGCAUGCGGCGUGUGAUGAAUGCCGCCUCCGCAAACUCAAAUGCUCUGGUAACCGUCCGGCGUGCGACCGCUGCGCGCGUGAGAACCUCCUGCCGUGCGUCUACUCGUUGCAGAAGCAGAUGGGCCGACCAAGGAAGAAAAGGCGGAGGAGCGUCGAUGAUGAGACGAACAGCGAUUUGAUGGCCAACGGUGGUGGGAUUCAUGGUGGGAUGAUGAUGAUGAUGAGGCAGGGGCAGGAAUUUGUUGUUAACGGCGGUGUAAACGAGGUGGUUGGAUGGUCAGAUGGUGAUCAUCAUCGGCCAAGGGAGGAGAGCAAUGGCGGCGGUAAUGGUACGGGGGUGAAUUGCGGUAUCGAGGGGAUGGGUUUUGGCGGGUUUGAGGGGUUUGGAUUCGGUGAGAUGGUAAAUGGUGAGACCAGCGGAGAAGGAGCUGGUGGUCCCCACGCUACGAGCGGUGGGGGAACCUUCGAACUGGAUCCGAAUUUCAGUCUCGAUUCGCUGCUCACUGGGAACCUGGCGGACGUCAUAGGGGGAAAUGGUAGUAGUGUUGGAGGGUUUAACGGGCUACAGCAGGAGGAUAGGGUUGCGAGUGUUGCUUCGCAUUCAUCGCAGAGCGGUCACAGCCUACAAAACACACCACCAGUCGCCCAUCACGACUCCUCGAUACAACAACCACCCUUUCUCGCCCCAUCCCCCGGUCUCCCCUGCGCCUGUCUCUCGACCAUCUACCUCACCAUCUCGUCCCUCCACUCGCUCUCGAGUCACAACUUCCCUUUCUGCCUCCCAUCUCUCCACUCCGCCCUCGUUACGGCCAGAAACGUGCUCCAAUGCCCCACGUGCCCGCACUCCAUGGCCACCGCCACUCUGAACAUCCACAUGUUGAUCUCGCUCCUCAUGACCGUCAUCGAUGCCGUGCAGAAGCUGCUUCAGGACAUCGACGCCGAAGCUGCGCGCGUCGACGCCGCCGGUACCACCAAGCAGUUCGUCUUGGCCGACGCAUCCGCGCCGCUCCACAUGCACACCGGCACGGCCAACUGCCCGGCGAGGUUCGGCAUGGAGUUGUCCGGCGUCGAGUGGCGCGAACUGGCGCGGAAGGUCGUGAAGGCGCAGGUUGUUGGAAGCAGUAGCAGCAGCAGCAGCAGCGAGGCAGAGGGCGGGCAGCAGGGGGGAGCGGCGGUGGACUGCACAAUUUACGGGGUGUUGGCUGCGUUCGUGCGGAGGCAGAACGGAUGGCAUGAUGACCCGGCUAUGAUCGAGGUGCGGAAGAAGGCGAUGGGAGGAGGAGGAGCGCCGGUCGAGAAGAUGGAGGAAUUGGGCCAGAUGAGGCUGUGCGUGCAGAAUGUGGAGCAUGUGAUGGAAAGGAUGAAGUUAUUGGACAUUUGA